AAAUUUAAAUCUACAGUAAAUUACUGGCAAACAGCUGCAUAACUACAGCAUUUUUUUACAGUGAGCGUAUUUUCAUUUGUAGUCAUAAGGAAACAAUUGAAUUGACUACCCAAGACUACCCAAGUUAAUUUGAAAUACAUCCCCAAGGGUGCCAAAAGGCAACUUGACAAUGACAUUAGGAACAGUUUGUACUUUAUUAUAUAAAGAUAAGCAACAAUAACUCUUUUCAAUGAAGUUCAAGUCUCAUUUUGAAUGGCCUUGUGGAAAAGUUUGGAAUGUUGACCCACAUCAAAAAGUGACCCUUACAGGCAUACCAUUGUUACAAUUCUGGGUCCUUCACCUGUUCACCAAAGGGAGAAGAUAACAUUUUCUGCCUUCUUUCAAUGCCUGCCAAGAACAAAGGGUAAUAAAUAACUAGAAGGACUGCUGCCCUCUAGGGUGAUGGCUAUCCGCCAUAUAGGUCUCCCCGAUACGCCAAGGCAUUAUGCUGCCAAGCUUUUCACUUCUAUGUAUAGCCCCUUCUAUUCUUGCAGUUGUUAGGAGUAAUACAAACUGUGGACUGAUACAAACACUCAGUCAAGUACGUCUGACAUAAAGAGAUAUCACGGAUAACCAGCGGUGCUGUGAAUCUCAUCCAAAACAUGUUUGAUUAUGCAUACGUGGAAAUUUCUCUGGAAUUCUGCUCAACUUGAUGGAGUCGAACAGCUGUGCUGACUUAAAGGUCACCACAGGGAAGGCGAUUUGCCAGCCGACGGGUUUCGUUAAAGUAAGAUUCGGUGAAAGUGUUUUUACGGUGGACAAAGGCCUCCUGGAGCAGCACUGCGAAUACUUUCGAGCUCUUUUCCGUUCUGGGAUGAAGGAAUGUCUGCAAGAUGAGAUUUGUCUUCAGGCACCAAGUGCCUGUGGCUUCCUGGUCACCCUCCAGGUGUUACACGGAGAGAGACCCAUCCUGAACAGAGACGAAAUUGUCGAAGCCAUCCAGUGUGCUGCUUUCCUUCAGGUCCAAGCUCUAACCGAGCAUCUCAUAAACAUCAUAAAUUCCGACAACUGCCUUCUCAUGUAUCACACGUCAGCUAUUUUCGGGUUAUUUAAGCUCUUCGAAAGCGCUGCUUUGUUUAUCCGAGACAUGUAUGGAGACCUCAAAGAAGAUGUGAAGUGCUUGCCAAAGGAUUUGAUCGAACACAUCGAGGCUCUUAUUCCCAGUACAUAUGUGACUGUCGGUGCACACUCGCCGACCAUCAAACUGCUGCAGGACUUCAUGAGGACCGUUUGUUACCUGGAUGAAGAUGAGAAAGAUUGGAAGGUUCUUACCCAUUUGCCCCUCAACGCCAGCACCACCAUGGCAGGUGUCGCAGUCUUAGACAAUAAGCUCUAUAUCGUUGGAGGGGUCUAUGAUGUCUCCAACAAAGUUGUGGACUCUGGGUUCUGCUAUGAUGCUUCCACAGACACUUGGAGCACAUUUUCUAGCCCACAACAACUUCGCUACAACUGCACUUUGGUCGGCCACGAGGGCCACCUCUAUAUCAUUGGUGGAGAAUACGACAAGACCAUAAUGUCCUCUGUGGAAAAAUACAAUGUCUCCACGGACACUUGGACCUUUGCCGCCCAUCUACCGAGACCUGCAGCCGCUGUCACUUGCACCAAAACUAUGAGCAGACUCUUCAUCUGCCUCUGGAGACCUAAGGAUGCUACGGAGAUUUACGAGUACGUCGGGAACAAAGACAAGUGGGAGUUAACCACGACACUUGUAAGGCAUCAAAGUUAUGGCCAUUGGAUGGUGGCCCACAGAGACAAUUUGUAUGUUAUGAGAAAUGGACCAUCUGAUGAUUUCUUGAGAUGCAUGAUAGACUGUUACAAUCUGACCACAGGUCAGUGGACGGCCAUGCCCGGGCAGUACGAGAACAGUAAAGGUGCCUUGUUUACUGCAGUAGUGCGAGGUGACUCUGUUUUUACGGUGAACCGUAGAGCGACUGUGGAGUAUGCCAUCGAGGACAAAUGGAGGACAAAAAAAGAAUUGACAGGGUUUCCAAGAAUUGGCUCCAUGUGGACUUUCCUCUUGAGACUGCCAAAGAAAAGCAGCGAAUCUUUGGAAAAGAAAGAUAGUGGACCUGAGAUCUACAGUCUCCCUUCAAACUCCCUACAAUGUCAAGACUGAGUGGCGAUACCUUUUUUUUAAAUAAUAGAAUUCUAGGAAUUUGUUGAUACCGAGCUGUCUGAUCUGACAUAAGUCAAAGGCUUAUUAUUGUCAAAUUCAGUUAACAGUGAAAUGGGACAGGGAAUGUGGGAAUUGGAAAGUGAAAUAAUGGAAAGUGAUGUGACUGGUUUUAGACGUGUGAUUUUUAUUUAUAAAUAAUUGCAUUCAAAUCUUUCGUCUUAUUUCACUCUAAAAACAUGCUGGGUUGUUUCAUCCAUGGUUGGGUAAAUUUAACUUGACUGUUGGGUUGGCCAUAUUUUAUUAUUUCUUCAUACCAGAGGGCUGUUGAAGGCUUCAAUCUCAUAUGCUGACAAACAUUCUAGGGGGUGCAUUAUUUUUCAAAAAAAUGCCAUGGCGGUCAGAACCAUUAUAUGUGGGUUGGACAAGACCCCCCCCCCAGGUUUUUAAGACCAAUGAUAUUGGACCCACUCUGUUUUCUCUAAUUAAGUGCAUUUGUUGGUUCACUUGUCAGAGCGCCAACAGUCAAAUCUAUUUCCACUAGAGCAGUGUUUCCCAAUCCUGGUCCUCGAGGCCCCCCUCCCAGAAAGUUUUAGAUGUCUCCUUAUUUACAACACCUGAUUUAACUCAUCAGCUUGUUAGGGAGACAUGUUUACCAUUUUGGAAGGAGGCUGAUAAGCUAAAUCA